AUGCAGGCCGAAUAUGCUUACUAUGAUUAUAAGACUGUUAAGAGGGUUACAGCGCAGCUUCGUGAACUCAGGAAGCAGGCUGAGAUCGAGGACAGCGCAGGUGAGAAUGCGGGCGAAUCAGCGCAAUCAGUUGAAGCACUUAAGACACUGCUGGAGAACUGCAUCAAAAGCAACUUCGUUGGCGUGGAAAACCCAAGGCUGUACAGCGAGACAUAUUAUGGGACUAAAGAUCUUGUGCAAGAUUUUGUUGAACAGAUCCAGCAAAGCUUGAAAACCAUUUCGGAAAGCACCAAAAUAUCCCAGGAGGAGAAACAGCUGUUUUUCAGGCAGGUUCUUGACACGAACUACGGGCGUACUGCUCUUUGCUUGUCUGGAGGUGCAACCUUCGCCUACUACCACUUUGGCGUUAUCAAGGCUCUGUUGGGCACUGGAAAUCUACCACAGAUCAUUACUGGCACAUCUGGUGGUGCUCUUGUUGCCGCUUUAGCCGCAACACGAACAGAUGAUGAACUGAAGCAACUGCUUGUGCCUGCUUUAGCAUAUCGUAUCCGAGCAAGCCCCGACAGUUUGUUUACGUGGCUCCGACGUUGGUGGCACACAGGAGCCCGUUUUGAUUCUUUAGAGUGGGCCAGGGCGAGCUCCUGGUUCUGCCGUGGUAGCAUGACCUUCCGCGAAGCCUAUGAGCGUACUGGCCGCAUCCUCAACGUCAGCUGUGUCCCAUCCGAUCCGCACUCUCCCACUAUCUUAGCAAACUACUUGACAUCGCCCGAUUGUGUUAUUUGGAGUGCAGUCUUGGCUUCGGCAGCUGUGCCUGGUAUCUUGAACCCUGUGGUGCUUAUGCGAAAGACUCGCGAAGGGACACUGGCUCCAUAUUCUUUCGGGCAUAAGUGGAAAGACGGUUCCUUGCGGACUGACAUCCCCUUGAAAGCCUUGAACUUGCACUUCAAUGUCAACUUCUCGAUCGUCUCACAGGUCAACCCGCACAUCAAUCUUUUCUUUUUCUCGCCACGGGGUUCUCCUGGUCGUCCCGUGACACAUCGACGGGGCAGAGGCUGGCGAGGAGGUUUCCUUGGGUCUUCUAUUGAAACGACAAUCAAGCUUGACCUGCAGAAAUACCUGAAAAUUUUGCGGCAUCUCGAGCUCCUCCCAAGACCACUGGGUCAAGACUGGAGCGAGAUUUGGUUGCAGAGGUUCAGUGGUACUAUUACGCUGUGGCCGAAGAUCGUCCUUGCAGAUUUCUGGCACAUCUUGAGCGAUCCUACCCCCGUGCGCUUGGCCAGAAUGAUCCAAGCUGGGGAGCGAAGUGCCUGGCCAAAGAUCAAAUUCAUCGACAAUAGAAUGAGGGUGGAGAAGAUGGUGGUGGAAGGUCUGCGCAUAUCUGGCACAAAGGGUGAUCAUGCACCCCCAACCUAUGUACGCAGGCAACAGGACCAAGACGUUCUUGGAGGCGAGAAAGACGCAAGGAGAAAGAGCGUGCGGAACGGCGUGUUAGAGUCGAUGAUGAAGCGAGACAAAGAAGAGCCAGGGCCAGAUCUGAGGAGGCCAUCUCGGAGACACAACAGCAUUGUUGAAGAAGUUCGGCGACAGAGCUCAGUCUUCUUUGACGAUGAUGCCGAUACCGAUGAAGAGGCUGCUACUACUUCUUCGGAUGAAGACGAUGAACCUGUAGUUGCUGGCGAGGAGCAUGGGACACGAGUGGGGUGA